AUGUCGCUCGCCGCCGCCGUGUCCUUCGUGGAGAAAUGCGAGUCCCCCACCGAGCUUGCCAAGCUCAGCGCCGCUGUGGCCGAACGGCAAACGGCUCUGAAUCAGAAGAAGCUGGCGCAGUCCGACGCGCCGCUUCCGACUCGCGCCGCCAACCCCUUCCUCCAGGCAGAUCGGGCCGGCAGCCAGCAGCGAAAGGUGCAGCCGGACGCGUCGCUCCCUACGCGUGCUGCCAAUCCAUUCCUACAGGCCGACCGUGCUCGAAACGGCAAGAGCGCCCCUCCAAAGUCCCCAGCGAAAGAGGCUGUCGCCGUGCUGACCGCGGAAGCAGCAGUCGACCAAGUGAUGCCCGAGGCGUCCCCGGUCAAGCCAACGGUGUUGAGGAAGCGGCCUUCGGCAAUCGAAUCUGCUCUCACGCUCGUCGGCCUGCGCGAGGAUGACGCGCACCUCGCCGAGCCACCCGACGGCCAUGCGCUCAAGAAAGCAUGGGCUUCGUUUCUCGCCGCCAACGAGGUGCUCGAGGCGGUCCAGGCGUACGCGGAGCUGCGAGCGGCGUGCCGUGUACCGGCCGAGGCGUUUGGUCAGGCGGCGUUCGAUGCGGUGCAGACGGUCACGGCCUCCUCGCCCGUGCCUCACAAGACCAAGUCGCUCAUGGUUGCUCUCUCCAACAACCUCAAGAAACGGCCGCCGCCGCCAAAGCCAGAGGACUCUCCUCGCGUAGUCAUCUCUGGGGCCGGCCCCGUCGGGCUGCGCGCCGCCGUCGAGGCGGCUCUGAUGGGGAUGCGCGUGCACGUUGUCGAGAAGCGCGACUCCUUCUCGCGCGUCAACAUCCUGCUGCUCUGGCCAAUGACCGCCGACGACCUCAUGGCGUACGGCGCGAGAACCUUCUACCCCAAGUUUUCCAACAACAAUGCGAUGCUCCACCUCGGAACACGCGAGAUUCAGCUCGUCCUGCUGAAGAACGCGCUGCUCCUCGGCGUGCGCUUCUCCUACGGAACCGAAAUGGUCGCCGUGCAGGCGCCUGCGUCGGGCGCGGCGUCCUGGAAGGCUUGGACAACGGAGGCGGCCGCCAAGGACGCGGCGCUAGCUGGCGUGCUCGACUUCAAGAAGCUCAAGAUCGGCGCCUACCAGACCGGGACCGGGCAGGGCAAGUGCAACAUGGUGCAAAAGUCUGAGCUCGAUCCGAGCUUCGCGCUCGACGCCUCCAAGAAGGCGCCAGAGGGCGUGACGCUGCUGCCCUUCGACGCGCUGCUGCUGGCCGAGGGCGAGUGGUCAAACUCGUGCGUGCGGCUGGGGAUCGACAAGACGAUCGACCGCUUCAGUCAAGCCAUCGGUUUCGUCAUCAACAUGGAGUUUGACCCAAAGGACAAGCUGACGAAGGACACCGUGCUGCGCUCCUUCACCGCGCGACCGUUCGACCCGGCAGGCAAGCGCCUCACCGCGGCCAACAUCAAGUUCGAGUUUGCCGAGUACCUCAAGGGAGAGACGCAUUACAUCGUCGUGACGAUCAAGAAGGCGAGCCUGCUCGAGCACAACGCGCUGCGACAGGACCUGCCCGCCUCCGAUCUGCUAACUAAGCAGAACCUCGACGUCGAGGCGCUGAUGGUGCUCGCGCGCAAGAUUGCCACCUGCAUCGGCCUGCCGGAGCACACGCAGUUCUGCGACUUCCACCCCGCCAAGCUCUUCGACUUCUCGACGCGCGCGCGCUGCCUCGCCGGCUUCCGCGUGCUCGCGGUCCAGCGCGACGGCACCGUCACCGGCUCGGGCCUCGAGACGCACCCGUACCUCCGAGAGGCGGAGACCAAGUACUAUGAGCGGGCGGCGGUGCAGGCGGAGGAGGAGGUCACCAAGCGGAAGAAGGAGAUGGUGGAGCUGCGCAAGUCAAUUGAGGCGGUCGAGGCGGCGAUCGCAAAGGGCGGCUGCCUCGGCGACAUGAAUGAGGCGCAGACGCAGGAGUUCCUCAAGGCGCAGCUCGAGGGGCAGCAGAGGUCGGUCGGGGAGCUCGAAAAGAAGACCUCGGUCAACGAAGCGAGCGCGACCACUGCGCGAGAGCGGCAGCGCGAAUGGCUCGCAGCCGUCUCAGCCUUCUCGGCCGGCGGCUCCUCGCUCGUGCCGGUGCUUCCCAUUGGCGACUCGAUGCUCGAGCCAUUCUGGCCGCAGGGCCUCGGCUCGAACCGCGGCUUCCAUACCGCGCUUGAUGCAGUGUGGGCGGUGCAAGUGAUGAAGUCGGAGGGGCUCGAGGCGGCGCUGCUCGAGCGCUCCUUUUGGUACGAUCUCAUGCUGCAGGCGACAUGGAACAACGGGCUACUGCGACCGGCGGACGGCUGGUCCGCCGACCCGGCGACGCGCUACGAGGGCAAGGCCGUCGUACAACAGAAGGAGAUUUACUCCAACCCAACCUCGAAGCGGCUCUUCCGCGGGAGUGGGGCCACGCCGGAGCGCCUCCUGCACGCCGUCUCCUAG